GAAACGUCAAAACCGUCCACCAUUGCUCCUAUCAUGUCACCGUUCCGUCACUAAAUGCCCGUACGAUCAUAAAACUAAGGCGGUCUUGCUGCCAUGCACAAAAUCAAGAUUUUCAGAUCUUGAAAUGCGGUGAUAUUCUACGAUCAAAUCAAGUCCGGUUUUUUUAUUCAGCCAAAAUUGACAAAAUCUCUUCUAGGGAAGCCAAAUUUUAAGUUGCGCACAAACCAUAAGCGUUUCGGACUUCGUACGGGCCACAAAUUCUCCAUCUUUGUUUCAAUUUUAUUAUUAUACGCUAUAUAGCUCGCUCGGGCUAAGGCACCAUACUUAAGCCAUAUCUUGGUUACAAGACAGGUGAAUCGUUGUACAGAUAUAAUUUUUAUAAAGUUUUACUAAGCGAUGGCUGAGGAUAAGGUUGAAAGUGUAGCCACAGGGCUGCAAGAGUUGUCCCUUUUGUCUUUCCGAACGGUCGACGAUGUUAAGCGACUGGCGAGGCAUUUCCGGAACGUUGUCAACCAUCCUCUAACGCAAGAGAACCAAAGCAUUCUCAACUACUUGAAGAAUCUGGACGAAACACACCGCAAAGUGUUUCUCCAGAAACGGGAGGGGGUUGAAGUGGAAUACAUUUUCACGACGGAAAAGAAAAGUAGCUUGCAGCGCCAACGUUUUAACAGCUUGCCGGUUAGCGAAGUGCCUGAACUGCUGAAGGCAGAAUUGAGCAAUGCGGAGAACGCGAAACAAGUGCACAUUUGCAUAGAUUGCAAUGUGGAAAUCGAGUUGAAUGACGAAGAACCAUUGAUGGAGUCUUUGCAGAAACAUUUCAACUUGGAAGUCCAUCUGCCUAAGUUGAAACGCGAGAGCAUAGACGUGGCUGAGCCCAUCAUCCUGCCCAACAUGUCUAGGAGGCUUUCCGCCAUGGAAUGCGGCGAGACUCCCGCUCAGAAUCUGGCUAUGCUCAUCCAAAGACCGGUGGAGAAGUUAGACCGCGCGUUCUCAGCUAAACUCGAAGCGGCGUUGAUCAGGAACUUGCCUGACAACUCUGAGGCCAGCAUCGAUGCCGCUGUCAAGUUCUAUCAGUCGACCUACGAUAAACUUUGCCGAGAAGUGGUGGCGAUAGACUUUUCGACUCAGACAAGCGCGGUCGCCCCUAUUAUCAUGAGUAUUAAAGACAAUGUCUACCAAAAUUUCGCUUCUGACGCCAAUAAGAAUAUUGAUAAUGACGACAACGAUCAGGGAGCCGACAAACCGGUUAAGAAUCAAGUGAAGAAGUACCGCUACUACGGUCCUAUAGAGAAUUUCAUCCUGAAACUGUUAGGCAACCAUAAGCUCCUAUCGUUGGUCGACGACCGCACCGGCAAGCUGGCAUUCUUCUGCAUGGCCUGCGAGUAUUACACGCUGCGUUUCCGUUACGACAGCGUUCUGAACCACGUGUUCAGCGAAACACACAUUCACAACUUGUCUUGCAUUCUGCAAGCUGAUAAGCACAUUCCAUUUACGAUGGAGGAACGGUCGAUGGAGAAAAUCAAAGAGAUGAACAGGAAGUUUUUAUACGGGCACGAUAUUACGGAGGAUGCGAACGGUCUUAAAUGCGGGCUGUGCAAGACGUCUAUUGAAUCGGUAGAGGCGUCGACUGUGCAUAUACUGGAUGAGAACCAUUUAGCGAGACUUUCUGAUAAGCUAUUCCGUAGAAUGAAGCUGAACAACCCUGAUGGUGCCAUCCCAGACGAAUGGGGGCCUAAAGAUUUAGACUGGACCAAAUUCUUGGGCAGUACCGGGAAACCGCAGAACAAUCGGGACCAUGUAGUGAUCGAGAACUUCAUAAAACCGUCCGGGAAGAUUGCGAACUACUGCACAUGCUGCGACAUGACCUUGAAAGGGCCGAGGCAAGUGUUGUUCAACCACAUCCGGCAGAAGAAACAUUUGCGGAACGCAGCGCCGCACAAACUGUCUCUACUCUACAAGAACUACUGCCGCCCUGCGGAGUAUUUCGCUAGCUUCGGCAAUUUCUACGCGUGCAUGUUGUGUACUAAAUACGUCGCUGUGCCGUCUUUUUCCGCGAUCGUAGAGCACUUUGAGAGCCCGAUGCAUGUUGAAUCCAUCGCCAAAACUGUCCGCUCGGCGAUGUAUCCCGACACAGUUGACCGCGACAUUCUUCUGCUGAACAAAAUCGCGGUGUCUCAAGGGGGAAUAUGGUGCAAUUUUUGCAGUGUCCCUUUCCAGUCGAUUCAGGAAGCGAUCACGCAUAUACUAACCAGUGUAGAUCACCAGAACUUGGCUGCUGAAGCGAAGAUAACCGCGAAUAGAGGGGACAUAAUAAGCGUCUAUAUGCGAGGCAACUACAUACUAUACACUGAAGGCAGUACCUUCAGUUGCGUAGUCUGCCAGUGCGUUUUUAGUUCCAUUCGCUCCUUGCUGGCUCAUUUGGUGUACGCCGAACAUUUCGUGGAGAAACCGUCUUCAGAAUGCGUCUUCCGUUUCUAUUUGGAGUUGAAGCAUAAUAUAGGGAUGUUGGGGAGAAAUAAGUACGUGUAUUAUGACUUUGGGAAACUGCGCUGUGGCGUGUGUGAGGCGGAUGUUUUAGAGGGAGAGAACGCGAAGAAACACGUUGUGUCUCAACGUCAUAGGGAAUCGAUGGGUGCCAGCUAUGUGAACGUUAGUUUGGACGCGUCUGCAGUGGAGUAAGGAUAUGUAUGUGUUUUCAGCCGCUGGAUUGGGGUCCGAGAAGAAAUUAGAUUUUAUUAUAGAUUACAAAGUAAUGCGGAAAAAUAAUACACAUAAUUUUGGAACGACUACACUCUGCCUGUUUUGUGAGUUAUUUAAAUUUGAUUUUAUGGCUUAUAUCAUAAAAUAUGCAUGUUUUUAUAAUGAAAUACCCUCAAAAAUUUAUUAAAAAGUACUCGCCACCAUAAUUUGGACCUCAUUUCGUUUUAAAAAGGUUCAUUUUGACAAAAAAAAUGUGCUGUGUCAGAGACAGUUUUGCCUGUCGGUUAGUGUUGCCAGUAUUUUGAGCUUUAUUGAGUUGUAACGAGUUUCAAAAUCAACGAAAAAAUUUUUUCUAUGUAAAGUCUAGUUUUUUAAGUCGUUGUGAAGUAAUGUAUAUUAUUUCUGUGACAUUAUACAUAAAGUUAUAUGUUUGGGUCAGAAUUUUGACUUGAUAAUGCAGAUUAAAAGAUUCAGUAAAUAUAGAAUAAUGCCCGUUUUCACCAUCAAACCCUAAUUUACAAGACUUUGAAACCUGCGUUCUCUGUCAAAUGCUGACUCGAAUCAAAAGGUCAGUGGUAAUCAGUGUUAAUAAGGCCUAUAAUUGGAUGAUGUACAGAUGGACGUGCACAAUUUAAAAUGUGUGUAUUUAAUAGUUUAAAUUAUUUACUAUAGUCUGGUCCGUGAGCACGUAGAAUUUUGUCCAAUGACCCCUAGCUACCCAUCCUUAUCGCUCGCGCGUAAUUAUGUUGCUAUCGCGCUCGCACACUCACUGCGGGCGCCCGUCGCACAGUCGCGACAGCAAUAUAAUUACGCGCGAGCGAUAAGGAUGGGUAGCUUGGGGUCAUUGGACAAAAUUCUACGCGCUCACGGACCGGGCUUUACACGCGUUCUGCGGUCUGUGGUCAACUCAAAUAAUUUUAUUUAUUUGCGUCAAAGUAAACGCAGCUCGCGUCAUAUAUGAACAAUAGUUAAUACAAAUGUUUUAUUCAGUACAUAGGCCCUUUCCAGGGCGCUUAUACACGUCCCAAAUAUAGCUUGCCCUACCACCACUUCGGGACAACAUAUGGGCUGGUGCUAAGAAGAAGUGGCGGAAGAAACUCAGUCACCUUUGUCAAUCUACUAUUUAAUUAUGACACUGCGGGAACAAGCAAAGAACGCAAACUGACAUCGGGCUGCGUUUUGACAUGAUCGCAGAACGUAUUCAGUGUGGCACAUGCUUAAGGACGCAGCACACUUGUCAACCCGGAAAGGGAUCGUAACCGACAACUCGAGGCGGUCAGUAUUUGUAUGAAACUUCAUACUGCAACGCGCACAUACGCACCGUAACGUAAACGCCUCGCCUCGAUGUUGACAGCGAAAGGCAAUACGAUGUUGAUCCCUUUCCGAGUUGAUGACGCCCGUAUUCACAAACGAUGCUUGCUUAAGUGAAGCAGCAAAUCGAACGCACAGCGUUGAAUAGAGCUCUGUCAUUGGUUUGAGGGUCACCCUGUGCGUCCACGCGCACUGUGAGACCUCAUAGUAAUGUUUGUGAAUACGGGCGUAAGUCUGUUAUGACCAUUAAUCAUAUAUUUUUAACUGUUUUAGUGAUCAGUUGUUACACUAGCUAUUUACCGUGGACGUCGUUGAGUUUUGCAUAUAUUUUAUCGUGCCUAGUCCAAGUUGUAACGUCCUGUAUGUCGAGUAGUGAUGCCGUGUUGCCGAUGUCGAUAAUUUUGAAAUGUCACUCAAUUUAUAGGAAUAUCGAUUCUACUGAGACAGGGAAAUGAUUAAGGAUUAAUUAAUUAAGGCUUAGUUGCACCACCUAACUUUGACCGUAACUUUAACGAUAACCGGUGUUUUUUGUAUGGAGUUUGACAGAUUUUUGACGUUUGUCAAAGUUAAACUAAGAUGGUGCAACCCAGCCUUACCUUUGUCUAUCGCCCGUCAUCCGUUUAGCAAUUGAAGGUUAUCGAUCCUUAACUUCGAACUCCUAUGUUCUUCUGAUUAAUUUCGUUGCGGGUCCAAUGACAGUUUUCUUUUAUAAUAUUAGUAAUUUGUAUUGUACAACUAAAUAGUCCCGUUAGAGUAGGCGCACACCGUUGAUUUUUAGUUGGCCAAUAGUUGUGCCCGAUUUUAAAUUGUAUGAAGAAUCGGCCAAAUCGAAUCGGCGUAGUGUGCGCACUUCCAUACAUGCCCAUACUGAUCAACUGCCCGACUAAACUAUCGGCCGACGAAAAAUCAACGGUGUGCGCCUACUCUUGGCCCCUCGUACUAAGCUAAAUAUGCUUGUGUCACGAGUGAGCUCACCACAAUAGUGGAGCGGCGGCGAACCCGCGUUCGUCGGAUGUCGAGACUCACGAGCAAAUACAGCAGCGUCAAAUAGUUCGUGGCACCCAAAGUGGCCAAAAAGUUGACAGCAACCUUAUUCCAAUGAGGGCUAUCGUUUUUAUACUUAACAGUUGGCACCCCUGGCGAUUGACAGGACCUUACUCUACAGUGGCGCCAUCUUGAUGAGUGCAAAUGCGAUAGUCCUCGUACCACUUUAGCGCUCACCAGUUGGUGCCACUGUCUUCGCUACUAGCAAGUGACAGGACCUUACUCUACAGUGGCGCUAACUGGUGAGCGCUAAAACGAUAGCCCUCAUUGGAACAAAGACGAGUUGCGAACUUUUUGGCUACUUUGGGUGUCACGAACUAUUUGACACUGACUGUACUGUGGGUCUAGACAAAGUGCAUUAUAGAGUAGAACUACACUGAACUGUCCUUUAUUUGACACUGACAGGGGGCCACCGUCUAUAGCGGAUCGCUAGUUCCGAUUUUUGCCACGGUGGAAACCAUGUAGUUGAACGAAGAUAGUGGCGCCCUUCUGUCAAUGUCGUCGGUGGGACAUUUCAGUGUAGUUCAUCUAUAAUCGCAAACCAGUCGAAAAGCGGUCGAAAAGCCCCUUUUUUGUAUGGAGUUUUGACGGAUUCGAUUUUCGAUUCGAUCAAAAAGUGCGUUUUGUGUAAGGGGGCUGAAUACUGUGGGCCGAGUGUGAGUUUACAUCAAAAUUUAUGUAUGAAAAUUUUAGUUUUUGAAAGUUUCCCGCUAGGGGCGCUGUACAAUCCGUCAUACAUUUAAUGUAAUUUUUUGACGCGCUCACUAGUGAUCGAUAUAGUAUUGUUUUAAACUUUCAUGGUCACUAACAUAAUUAUUAUUGACGGGAUUGCUACCAUGUACCUACCUUAAUUUUGAGUUUCCGAUAUUUCGGCAAAACUAUCGAUAUAUUUAUCGACAGGCAACACUACUGAAAUAUAUUUAGAAAAGACUGAUAAGAAGGCAUAUACCCACCUUCCACAUCAAGCUGUUUUGUUGCAAUAUAACCCUUAUUACAAUACUUCAGGGCUCAUUCCCAGUAAGACAUGAUUUUUGCAGUAGUGGGAACUGUAUUCCCACUUUCGUAGUGGGAAGAUAGUUCCCACUAUAUUUUGAACUUUAUUCCGUUGUGUUAAGGUGCGAAAAACAAUGAAAAAUUUGGAUUUGUUAUGCGACCUUCACCAGAUCGUCGGUCCACCUAGUGGGAGGGCUGCCCGCGCUAUGUCUUCCGGCUCGUGGUCGCCAUCGUGUGUACUUAAAGUAUUCUGCGUUGUAAGUGCAAUAGGUACAUUUUAAUUGGUUUUAGCCGGGGUUCGAAAUUAUCAAGAUAAUAUGCUUCUUGAUAAUUAUCAGAUAAUUAUCCAUUAUAAGAAAUGAAUUUGUCGAGUUAGUCGUAACGAAUUUAGCAUUAUGUUUUUGAUUGACUGUUGUCAAGUUAUCCAUCGCUAGUCGCAUAAAGCGUCACUUUUUUGUAAUUAUCAAUCGAUAAUUAUCCGUCUGCUAAAUAUCCAUAAUAAUCGUGAUAAGCAUCAUUGAUAAUUAUCCUGUUUUUAGCAAAACUUCAAUUAUUUCAUGUAAUUUACUUUUACGUUUUUGGUCAAUGAAUUUUGACGUUAUAUCUGUAUUAUUACUUAGAAAUCAGUUGAGGUAAUUUGACAAGCCUCUAUAAGGCAGUGGGAAUAUAUUUCCCACCUUUUUUAACCGUAUUUCCUUGUUUUGAGGUCCAAAACUGAAAAAUUUGGACUUAUUAUGCCCGUGAAAGGUUUAAUUACGAAGAAAGAUUCCCCGCAAUAGAUUAUUGACUUUAUACCGUUAAUCUUAAGGUUUAAAAUCGGCGGAACCUUGUUGGUGUGGUUUUUUGACACAAUACGACUGUGAUUUGUUAAAUCGAGGUCUUUUUAACUAUUGAAGACUACUGGUCUACAUAAUUUUAUUAAUCGCAAUAAUUGGUUUCUUUUGCUACAGAACUUUGAAUCUGUAUUAUUAUGUACGAAAUCAGUUGUGGGAAUUUGACUCAAGCUUCUUACGGCAGUGGGAAUAUAUUUCCCACCAUUUUUUAAAACCGUAUUCCUUCGUUUUCAAGUCUAGAUCUAAAUUCAAAUUUCAAGUGACUGAGUUUAUUCUAUGGUCGUGUAUUUAAUUGUUUGUGUUUUUUAAUUUUCUGCAGCAAAAGAAACUACUAUCCCAUUGUAUUAGGUGACCGACAGAACGCACUGACUCCCAUACAUCAGGCACUGACUGUUAUGACCUAGACCUGAGCCCCGAUUACGGUAACUUUUAACGUCUACAAUCCAGACGCGUUUCUGAUUCUGCAAUACGAUUGGUCAAAACAGCUGACGUACGCUGUUGAACGACCAAUCGUAUCGCAGAAUCGAGAAGCGUGUCUGGAUUGUUGACGUUAAAAAUUACCGUAAUCGGGGCUCUGUACUACGAUAACUUCUUACUGUCGCAGCGUUUGUCGUUCGCCUGCUACAACGGGUUAAGGACGAAGCACACUUAUCAACCUGGAAACGGAUCGUAACCGUAUCAACUGGAGGCGGUCAGUAUUCUUUGUAUGAAACUCCGUACUGCAACGCACACAUAUCCGCACCGUAACUUAAACGCCUCGCUUGCCUAAGGCGAUUCACACUGCACCGCGGUACGCGGGACGACAGAUUUAAUCAUUGUAUGCAAGUACUUCAGUUUGUAUAGAAAACACGCGCGGCACAACACACUGACAACGCGUCUGCGCGCGGGAUUUUUUAUAUGUAGCCACGCGGACCGCGGCGGAGCGCGGUGCAGUGUGAUAAUCGUCUAAGGCGAUACUGUGAACCCCUUUCCGGGUUGAUAAGUGUGCUAUGACCUUUACUCAGUAAGGAACCUGGCUGUUUCAAGGUGCAUUCUGUUAUACUAUUAAUUGUGAAUCCCAAUUAUCGGAUGAUUGUUUACAAUGAAAUUUUAAUAAAUGAAAUAAUUUUAUAAUUUA